AUGGAGAUUUCAAGUAAGUUGGGAUUCCCUGAUUUAUUUGUGACAUUUACCUGCAAUCUGGCUUGGCCUGAAAUUUCACGUGUUUCGUCAAACACUACUCUAAUGGCACAUGACAGGCCAUAUAUCAUUACCAGACUAUUCAAAAUGAAAUUUGAUGAAUUAGUGACAGAUGUAACUAAAAGUCAUGUCCCAGGAAAGGUCUUAGCAUUUAUUUACACAAUUGAAUUUUAG